CUUUAUUCUCACAGGUGCAGUUACUUUUCCCAGAAGAAGGACUGGUUUAUGACUAUAAACUGAAUGAUGCUGGGCUUAGCAGUCCUGAAGAUGAUCUGGAUGAGGAGGUCAUUAGGGAGGUGCGCUGGGAGAAGUGGCUGGACCCUACAGCACAGUUCACCAUGGCUCCUGAUACCAACUUCUGUGACAUUAUUGUGCCCACGAUGAACACAGUCCGAAUGGCCCAUCUGCUGGAGCUGUUGCUCAUCAACUAUAAGCCAGUUCUCUGCAUUGGUCCCACUGGCACAGGGAAGACUCUCACAAUUACAGACAAGCUUUUGAAGAACUUGCCUCUCAAAUACAUUGCCCACUUCCUGAUGUUUUCGGCACGCACAUCUGCUAAUCAAACUCAGGAUCUCAUUGACAGCAAACUGGAUAAGAGGCGGAAGGGUGUGUUUGGGCCUCCGGUUGGGCGGUACUUUGUAUUUUUUAUUGAUGACUUGAACAUGCCCAUGCUGGAGACAUACGGUGCUCAGCCACCCAUCGAGCUGCUGCGGCAGUGGAUGGACCACCAGGGCUGGUAUGACAGGAAGCAGAUCGGUGCUUUUAAGAAGCUGGUAGAUAUUAAUUUUGUCUGUGCCAUGGGGCCUCCUGGAGGUGGAAGGAAUGCUGUCACUCCACGCCUCACUCGCCAUUUCAACUACCUCUCCUUCACUGAAAUGGAGGACAGCAGCAAGAAGGCUAUCUUCUCCACCAUCCUUGGCAGCUGGAUGGAUGGACUCCUAGGAGAAAAAAGUUACAGAGAUCCAGUGCCAGGAGCACUUGCAGUGAAAGACCUGAAUGAGCCAUUGGUUGAUGCCACUAUUGGUGUGUAUUUGACCAUCACAUCCCAGCUGCUGCCCACACCAGCCAAGUCACAUUACACUUUCAACCUGAGAGACCUCUCCAAGGUGUUCCAGGGCAUGCUCAUGGCUGAGCCCAGCACCAUCCAGGACAAACUGCAGCUGCUGAAACUGUGGUACCAUGAGAGCUGCCGGGUGUUCUGUGAUCGCCUGGUCAGCAAGGAGGACUGCACCUGGUUCAACAACCUGAUGAAGAGUAUGAUGGAGGAGUUAGACACCUCUUUUGAGGAGGUCAUCCCCUCCCAGCCAGUUCUGUUUGGGGACUUCAUGGAUCCAGGUGCCCAUAUCAAACUGUACAAAGCAAUUGACAGCCAGGAAAAGCUGAAGGCUGUGAUUGAGGAUUACCUGGAGGAGUACAAUCAAGUCAACACCCCAGAGCUGAAGCUUGUACUGUUCAUGGAUGCGAUACAGCACAUCUGCCGAAUCAGCCGGAUUCUGCGGCAGGCGGCAGGGAAUGCUCUUCUCCUGGGUGUUGGGGGAAGUGGGAGACAGUCUCUCACCAGACUGGCAUCUCACAUGGCAGAUUAUGAGUGUUUCCAGAUCGAACUGUCCAAAAAUUAUGGCAUGACCGAAUGGCGAGAUGAUGUGAAGAAGAUCAUGAUGAAGGCAGGCAUUGAGAGUCUACCCAAGACCUUCCUGUUCGUAGACACGCAGAUUAAAAAUGAAUCCUUCCUUGAGGAUGUCAACAACCUGCUCAACUCAGGUGACAUUCCCAACAUUUACAGCCUUGAUGACCAAGAACAGAUCAUGACAGCUAUGAAGCCCGUUGUUCGGGAUCUAGGGCAGCAGCCCACCAAGGCCAAUCUGAUGGCUGCAUACACGGGACGGGUUCGCAGCAAUAUCCACACAGUCGUGUGCAUGAGCCCUAUUGGAGAAGUCUUCCGUGCACGCUUGAGACAGUUCCCCUCUCUUGUGAACUGCUGUACCAUCAACUGGUUUAAUAAGUGGCCUGCUGAGGCCCUGCAGUCCGUGGCCUCCUCCUUCUUGCUCGAGAUCCCAUGUCUUGGUGCCACUAUGGAAAAUAUCAAUGGCAUGAUUCAAGUAUGUGUAGAAAUCCAUCAGAGCGUGGCAAAGAAGUGCCAAGUGUACCUAGCAGAGCUGGCCAGACACAAUUAUGUCACUCCCAAGAGCUACCUCGAGUUCCUCAUCAUCUUCAGUUCCCUGAUUGGCAAGAAGAAACAGGAACUGAAUACAGCCAAGAAGAGGAUGAAAGGUGGCCUGGACAAGCUCCUGCAAACAGCAGACGUUGUAGCAAAGAUGCAGGAGGAGCUGGAGUCCUCCCGCCCCCUCCUGGCACAGGCCGCCAAGGACACACUGGCAACCAUAGAUCAACUGCAGGUGGACACAGCUCUGGCUGAAGAGACAAGGAGUGCUGUGCAGGCUGAGGAGAUGAAGGCCAAAGUGAAAGCUCAGACAGCCCAAGCCAUUGCAGAUGAUGCUCAGAGGGACUUGGACGAAGCCCUCCCAGCCCUGGACGCUGCUCUUGCUAGCCUGAGAAACCUCAACAAAAGUGAUGUUACAGAGGUACGAGCAAUGCAGCGGCCUCCCCCUGGUGUGAAGAUGGUGAUUGAAGCUGUCUGCAUUAUGAAAGGAGUCAAGCCCAAAAAGGUGGCAGGAGAAAAGCUAGGCUCCAAGGUGGAUGACUAUUGGGAACCAGGCAGGGGCCUUCUGCAGGACCCAGGGAAGUUCCUGGACAACCUGUUUAAGUAUGAUAAGGACAAUAUUCCAGACUCUGUGAUCAAGGCCAUCCAGCCCUAUAUUGACAACCAGGAGUUUCAGCCAGCUGCCAUUGCCAAGGUCUCCAAGGCUUGCACCUCCAUCUGCCAGUGGGUGCGGGCCAUGCACAAGUACCACUUUGUGGCCAAGGUUGUGGAGCCCAAGCGGCGAGCCUUGCAGGAGGCAGAAGAGGACCUGCAUGCCACUCAGCUGGUCCUUGAGGAAGCUAAGGCACGCCUGAAGGAGGUUGAAGUUGGCAUUGCUCUGCUGCAAGACAAGUACAAGAGCUGCAUAGCCAAGAAGGAGGAGCUGGAGAUGAAGCGUGAGCAGUGUCAGCAGAGACUGAUCCGCGCCGAUACACUCAUAAACAGUCUGGCUGAUGAGAAAGUUCGCUGGGAGGACACUGUAGACAGCCUGGAUUACAAGAUCAACAACAUCAAUGGGGAUAUGCUGGUUGCAGCUGGCUUUGUGGCCUACCUGGGCCCUUUUACAGGAGACUACCGCAUAUCACUGUGCAAGGAGUGGGUGAGGCAUCUGUCAGAGAACAACAUUCCUCACACUCAGGAGCCAAACCUCAUCAGCACCCUUGGAGACCCUGUGGAAAUCCACUCCUGGAAGAUUGCUGGUUUACCCAAUGACACCCUGUCUGUGGAGAAUGGGCUAAUAACACAAUUCUCCCAGCGCUGGACUCUCUACAUAGAUCCCCAAGGACAAGCAAAGAAGUGGAUCAAGAAUCUGGAGAAGAUGAACAGUCUGAAGGUGUCCAAGCUGAGUGACCGGGACUUCCUCUCCAGUCUGGAAAACGCCAUUACCUUUGGCACAACAGGAUGCCUUCCCUCACAAGGGGGAACUGUUCCAGCCUUCCUUAUUUGUCCCUCUCUGGUACAGACCUACAAACAGCAAGGCAACACCGUGCUAAAGCUGGGGGAUACAGUGAUCCCCUACCUCGAGAGUUUCAGGAUGUACAUUACCACCAGCCUGCCCAACCCUCACUACAGUCCUGAGAUCUCAGCGAAGCUAACAGUCAUCAACUUCACCCUCUCACCCAGUGGCUUGGAGGACCAACUGCUGGGAGAAGUGGUGGCUGCAGAGCGGCCUGACUUAGAAGAAGCUAGAAACCAGCUAAUUGUUAGCAAUGCUGAGAUGCGUCAGGAGCUGAAGGAGAUAGAAGACCAGAUCCUGUAUCAGCUCAGCACUUCUGAAGGAAACCCGGUAGAUGACUUGGAGCUCAUUAAAGUGCUGGAGGCAUCCAAGGUCAAGGCAGGAGAGAUCCAGGCCAAAGUAAAGGUUGCAGAGCAGACAGAGAAGGACAUCAACAUCACCCGCCUGCAAUAUGUGCCUGUGGCUGUCCGCUCACAGAUCCUCUACUUCUGUCUCUCAGACCUCUCCAGUGUGGACCCCAUGUACCAGUACUCACUUGAGUGGUUCCUCAACAUCUUCCUAACAGGGAUCAGUAACUCCGAGAAAUCAGACAUCCUGAAGGACCGGAUUUUGAACAUCAACAACUAUAUCACCUUCAGUCUCUACAGCAAUGUGUGCCGUAGCCUCUUUGAGAAGCACAAGCUCAUGUUUGCCUUCCUGGUUUGUGUCCGGAUUCUGAUGAAUGAUGGACAGAUCGAUAUGGACGAGUGGAGGUACCUGCUCUCAGGAGGGAUCAUAAGGGAGAUGAAGGAGAACCCAGCUCCCGCCUGGCUGUACGAGAGAGUGUGGGGAGACAUCCUGGCCUUGAGCAGCCUAAAGAACUUCUCCAGCUUUGCCGAUGAUUUUGUAGACAACCUUGAAGAGUUCAGGGCCAUUUUUGACAGCCCCAAGCCUCACAGAGUGCCCCUUCCUGGGAAGUGGGAAGCUGAGCUUGAUGCCUUCCAGAAGCUGCUGGUUCUGCGGUGUCUGCGGGGAGAUAAGAUCACCAAUGCCAUGCAGGACUUUGUGGUGCUGCACCUGGAUCAGCGCUUCAUUGAGCCACAGACCACUGACCUCUCGGUCAUCUUCAAGGAGUCCACUGCUACCACCCCACUAGUAUUUGUGCUGUCCCCAGGCACUGACCCUGCUGCUGACCUCUACAAGUUUGCUGAAGAAAUGAAGUUCUCCCAAAAGCUCUCUGCCAUUUCUCUGGGCCAAGGCCAGGGCCCCCGUGCUGAAGCCAUGAUCCACAGUGCUAUGGAGCGGGGCAGCUGGGUCUUCUUCCAGAACUGCCAUCUGGCCCCCAGCUGGAUGCCUUCACUGGAGAGACUCGUGGAGGGCAUUGACCCCAGCCAGGUGCAUCAAGACUUUCGCCUCUGGCUCACCAGUCUACCAAGCAACCACUUCCCUGUGUCCAUCCUCCAGAAUGGCUCCAAGAUGACCAUCGAACCCCCCCAUGGGGUCAAAGCCAACCUGCUCAAGUCCUACAUUAGUUUCAGUGAUGACUUCUUGAAUUCUUGCCCCAAGGUCACAGAGUUUAAGUCGUUGUUGCUGUCACUUUGCUUCUUCCAUGGGAACAUGCUGGAGAGGAGAAAGUUUGGGCCGUUGGGCUUCAACAUCCCCUAUGAGUUCACAGAUGGAGACCUCCGCAUCUGCAUCAGUCAGCUACAGAUGUUCUUGAGUGAAUAUGCAGACAUCCCGUACAAGGUUCUGAAGUACACAGCUGGGGAGAUCAACUACGGCGGCCGAGUGACUGACAACUGGGACCGGCGCUGCAUCAUGAGUAUUCUGGAAGAUUUCUACAAGCCUGAGGUUUUAACUCCUGAGUUUGCCUAUUCUGAAUCAGGGAUCUACAAACAGAUCAGCACCAAUUCUGACCUCGAUGGCUACCUCCAGUACAUCAAGAGCCUGCCACUCAAUGAUAGCCCAGAGAUCUUUGGUUUACAUGACAAUGCCAACAUCACCUUUGCUCAGAAUGAGAGCUUUGCUCUGCUGGGGACCAUUGUGCAGCUGCAGCCCAAGACCCUCUUAGUGGGAGGCCGCAGCAGGGAAGAGCUCGUGGAGGAGACUGCCAGGGACAUCCUGGAAAAGGUGCCUGCUCCCAUGAACCUGCAGGAGGUGAUACAGAAAUACCCACUGCUCUAUGAAGAGUCCAUGAACACAGUGCUGGUGCAGGAGGUGAUCAGGUACAACAAGCUCCUGGAGGUGGUUGUGCAGACACUAAAGGAUUUGCUGAAAGCUCUCAAGGGCCUGGUGGUGAUGUCCUCUCAGCUGGAGCUGAUGGCCAGCAGUUUGUACAACAAUACUGUCCCAGAGAUGUGGGAUGCCAAGGCCUACCCAUCACUGAAGCCCUUGGCAUCUUGGGUGAAUGACUUGUUGCAGCGGAUUGAAUUCCUAAGAAAUUGGAUCAACAACGGGAUCCCCUCUGUGUUCUGGAUCAGUGGGUUCUUCUUCCCCCAGGCUUUCCUCACUGGGACACUGCAGAACUUCGCCAGGAAGUCCGUCAUCUCCAUCAACACCAUCUCAUUUAGCUUCAAGGUGAUGAAGGAGUCUGUAGGUGAGCUCACCAGCCCUCCCAGUGAAGGCUGCUACAUCUACGGCCUGUUUCUGGAGGGCGCCCGCUGGGACCCUGUCACGUUCCAGCUGGCGGAGUCACGCCCCAAGGAGCUGUACACGGAGAUGGCUGUCAUCUGGCUGCUGCCCGUCCUGCCCCGCACACCGCCAGCCACCGGCUCCUACCUGUGCCCUGUCUACAAGACACUCACUCGUGCAGGCACGCUGUCAACAACAGGCCACUCCACCAACUAUGUGAUUGCUGUGGAGAUCCCUACGGACAAGCCACAGAAGCACUGGAUCAAACGGGGCACAGCCUUAAUCUGUGCCCUGGACUUCUAG